UCUCUCUCUCUCUCUCUCUCUCUCUCUCUCCUCUCAAUAUAUACAUUGGUUUUUCUUGAUGUUCUUAAGACCAGAGAAAGCAAUUAAGGAGAACUAAGAUGAAGAAGUUCAGGGUGCGUUUGAUUUUUCUUAUCCUAUGUAUGUUCUUCAAUGGUUCUUUGUCAAAGCUUGAAAGGCUAGAGCAUCCGGUGACGAAAUCUGAUGGCUCUUUGAAUAUUCUGGUCGUCGGAGAUUGGGGACGACAAGGAGGUUUUAAUCAAUCUCUCGUUGCACAUCAGAUGGGAAUUGUGGGAAAGCAACUAGACAUAGAUUUUGUCAUAUCAGUAGGAGAUAAUUUCUAUGACGACGGUUUAAAAGGUGACACUGAUCCUGCGUUUGAAGCCUCUUUCUCUCGUAUCUACACUCAUCCUAGUCUCCAAAAACAGUGGUAUUCUGUUUUGGGGAACCAUGAUUACAGAGGAAAUGUUUCAGCACAACUAAGUCAUGCUCUCACCCAAAAAGAUUGGAGAUGGUUUUGUCGCAGAUCUUUUGUCUUAUGCUCAGGAAUGGUGGAGUUUUUCUUCGUGGACACAAAUCCAUUUGUAGAUGAAUACUUCACAGAUCCAGAAGAUCAUACUUAUGACUGGAGCAACGUGUUACCUAGAGAUAAAUAUAUCUCCAGCCUUUUACAUGAUUUAGAUUUAGAGAUGAAAAAGUCGCGUGCCACAUGGAAAUUUGUCGUGGGGCAUCAUGGGAUCAAAACCGCAGGUCAACAUGGUGUGACCCAAGAGCUAGUCGAUCAACUUCUUCCUAUUCUGGAGGAGAAUAAAGUGGAUUUGUACAUAAACGGACAUGAUCAUUGCUUGCAACACAUUGGGUCUGACGGUGAGAUUCAAUUUCUGACAAGUGGAGGAGGAUCAAAGGCAUGGAGAGGAGUUAUUUUGCCAUGGGACCCAAAAGAACUCAAACUUUAUUACGACGGACAAGGUUUCAUGUCGCUUCAUAUCACUCACUCUCAAGUCAAGUUCAUCUACUAUGACAUUUCUGGCAAUGUUCUUCACCAAUCCACCUUGCCCAAAAAGUCCAAAACUUUUGGUUCCAUUAAAAGAUUAUUCAUCUAAAAAGAUUGAGAGAUUCAAGCAUAUACUUUAAUUUGAGAUUGUUUAUUUAUAAGAGAACAAGAGAUGUAUCCAUUUCCAUUGUUGUGUGGGUUAUGUGAGACCGCAUGAUGUGCACAUCAUUUUUCUUUCU